AUGUCACAAUUAAUUGGUCGAGUAAUGUUUAUAAAAGUACGUCGCUUAAUUCAACUUUCUAUUUGUUUAUUAUUUCUUAUUAUUAUUUUCACAUUUUACUCACGAUGGUCAUCAACAUCAAAUGAUAAAAUUCAAUUCUAUGAUAAUACAUUUAAUAAUCCAUUUUUACCACAAGAUGCAUUUUAUAAGAAAAAAUCUAAUGAUAUAGCAAUAGAACAAUUAAAUUAUGGUCGACCAGAUUUAGCUAAAUAUAUUCAUCUAGAUUUAAAAGGUGCACCACCAAAAGCAAAUAAAUUUUAUGAAUCAUUUUUUAAUUUUCUUGAAAAAUUACAAAUGGGAAUAAAAGGUGUGCUAAUUGAAUAUGAAGAUACACUUCCAUUACAAGGUAACCUUGUAAAUAUUUCUCAUCAUGGUGCUUAUACAAAAUCGGAUAUUGCAUUAAUACAAGAAGCUGCAAAAAAGCAUGGACUUGAAAUUAUUCCACUUAUUCAAACAUUUGGUCAUUUAGAAUGGAUACUUAAAUUAGAGAGAUUUAGAUCAUAUCGUGAUGAUCUAAAUUUACCAAUGGCUAUAUCACCAUGUCUUAAUAAUACUUACAUUUUACUUGAAGAUCUUUUACAACAAACACUUGAUAUGCAUCUUGAUAGUAAUAUAAUUCAUAUUGGUUGUGAUGAAGUUAUUUUAAAAUAUUCUAAUCCUGCAUGUCCUGAAACAGAUAGGAGUAUAUCUGAAAUAUAUAUUAAUCAUAUACAACGUAUUGUUAAUAUUGUUCGUAAAAUUCGACCUGGAAUUCGUAUACUUGUUUGGGAUGAUAUUCUUCGAAUUGAUCAGUUUAUUAACAAUCAAAAAUUGGUAAGAUUUAAUAAGUAUGAUUUAGAAUUCUUUUUCUUUAUGAGAUAUUUUAAAGUUAAAAACUCUGAUAUUCUAUUGUACUUUCUUUUCAUUAAGGAAUACAAAAUAUUGUUAAAAUCUUAUUGUUCUUAUAAAAUAUUACUUACGAAGGAACUUUCCCAACUUGAAAAUCACUUUUGAAUUCGCACUCUAUGCAUAAGAUAAAUUCCGAUGAGAUAUUAAAAACCUAAACCAAUAUACGACAUCUAGAUCUUCCCUACAAAGUUAUAGACAUUUUACAAUAUUUUG